AUGACUAACGGGUCCAUAGGUCAGAUGGGACCUCAAGAGCGACAGGUGGUCGACCAGAAGCGCGUCAGCGGCGAUUCGCCACCGCCCUGUGCAAAGGUGGAGGUUUUCGUGUUCCUAGGGCUAGUCGCAGACUCCGUGAAUCCUCGUCUUGACUACUAUUCCAACAAUCAUCGACAUCUUUCUCGGUCCACCCUUUCUGACCCAGUUCAGCCGCGACCUCAACCUCCCAAGGCCACGGGCCAAGCCGCUCGCGCCGCGUCAAAGAAGAAGGCGCGGCUCAAGGGGCGCGUGGAGGAGGAACGUCCUCACACCUCAGAGGAAGACGUUCCUCCCUGUCAAAACGGAUACUGGAUCCGUGCGCCGACCAAAAGGGAGCGCGAGGCCCUCCCACGCUUUCCCACCCUCAAGAUGCAUCACAUUCACAUCCCGCGCUCGAAAACCGAGCUUACCACCGCCCGCACGGCCCUCCUCGCCGCCGACGUCCUCGGCUUUGACACGGAGACGAGGCCAGCCUUCGUUAAGGGCCGGCCCGACACCGGUGGCCCACACCUCGUCCAGCUGUCGACGAAGACGGACGCGUGGCUGCUCAUGAUCCACCGCGUUCCAGGUGCACUGGCACUCGCGCGCGAGGUCAUGGCGGAGCAGUCGAUCAUGAAGGUGGGGUUCGGACUGGCGAACGACGUCCAGACCCUCCCUGGCAAACUUGGGGCGCAGCUCAGGAACGUGUACGAUUUUGAUAGCCGCUUCGCCAAGGUCGGGUAUGGCAAGAGUCUUGGUGUGCGCGGCGCGGUCGCCGUCGUGUUCAACCAGGACUUCCGCAAAGCCAAGAAGCAGACGCUGGCGAACUGGGCCUCAGACCACUACAACGACGCUAUGAUCUUGUACGCGGCCAAUGACGCGUACAUUCCCACCGUCCUUUGGGCCGAGAUGGCGCGGUGGGAUCAGGGGAGAGUCGACACCCCCAAGUGGUUCAAGGCUGGCGUGCAGCGGAUCGCGCGGGAGCGUGCCACCGCACAGUCACGCGGCCUCACGAACACCCAUGAGGAUGAUGGCGAUGAUGUAGUGUACACGGGCUACCGCCUGGCCGCCGAUCGGCUCAACGCCAACCAGUCAUCGAGCCUUCUUAGUCGCCUUGACAAGCGAUAG